UAAGAAAAUUCAGAGUGAUUUUACUUAUGCAAUCAAAACAUACAAAGCUAAGGUUAAUGAUACCGAUGAAAAUGGUAAAACAACACUACAUUGGGCUGCAAAAAAUAAAUACGCAUUUAUUGUUAAGAGCUUGAUAGAACAUGGAGCUAAAGUUGAAGCUGCUGAUAAUAAUGAUAGAACAGCUCUGCACUUAGCUGCAGAACAAGAUAGUGAAACGGUUGUUGAAAUUUUGGCAAAAAAUCAUGUUAAUGCUCCUGAUCGCAAUAAUUGUACGCCAUUAUUUUAUGCAGCGGAAGCAGCAGCAGGACAUUUAGAAGUAUCCAAAACUUUAUUAAAACGAAUGAAAUAUGCUGAUGAUAUUGUUGAUAAAGAAAAAAUAUUAAACUUGGCCGCAAAAAAUAAGCAAACAGAUGUAGUCAAACACUUAUUAGAAGUGGAAGCUCAAGUUGAUUAUUUUCACUAUCAGCCUUUCAAUCAUAUUUAUUUUGCUGCAAAAAAAAAUUAUAAAAAUGUUAUCAAGUUAUUAUUAGAAGAAUCAACUAUCGAUAAUUUAACAUUACAUUAUACUGCUAAAAAGGAGGAUAUUGAAGCGGUUAAAAUUUUAUUUGAAAAUGGAGCAAAAUUUAAUAGCAUCACUGAUGAAAAGAAUAGAACUCCACUACAUUGGGCAGCAUUUGAAGGUUGUGAAAGCGAUAUAUUAUAUUUAAUCAGAAAAGACAAAAAUUUAGUUAAAGCUAGCGACAAUAAUAAUGAGCCUGCAAUAUAUGAAUCAGUGUGGAAUGGUCAUAUAGGAUUUUUUCUAAACCAACUUGAAAAACACGCAGAAAAUCCAGAAAAUCCUCAUUCAAAAGAAGAUAAAGAAGUAAUUAGCUAUUUAUAUACAUAUACUCUUAGCAAAAUUAGUAAUUUAAAAUUUGAAUUAAAAUCCAAUUUAAUAAUUGAUAUAAAUGAAUAUUUCAAAAUGAUCCAAAGUGGUAUUAAAUUAUUAAAAAAAGCAGAUAAACAAGUAAAAGUAGAUAAAUAUAACAAACAAUAUGAAAAGUCAAUUGAGAAGAAAAUCGACGAGGCUUAUAAUAUUGCUAAAAAUCAGGUUAAAUCUGAAAUAAAUAAAACUGUUGGUGAGAUAGAUGAACAAAUAAUUUCCUUAAUUGAUGAAACAAGAGACUUGAUAAGUAACGUUGAAGAAAAUAAACUAACCUUAGAAGAAAAGCAAAGUGAAUUAAGGAAAAAAUUAGCAUUGAAAAAAGCAUUAAGAAUUUUAAAAUGUAUAGGCAUUACAAUAAGUGUUGUUGGUGGUCCAGUUGGAAUAGCUGGUAGUGUAAUAAAAAAAGGUGUCAACAUGGCCGGAGCAUAUAUUUCAAAAGAAGAUAAUAGUAUAUUAAAGUUUGAAAUUCCUUCAGAAGUAAGAGAUUCUUUAAAUCAAAUGAAUAUAAUAAAACAUUUAGAUAAAAUUCUAGAAGCAUUAGGUAAUAUUAAUUCUACAAAAUUAACAAAAAUAGCGAAUGAGGUAAAAGAAGAAAUAGAAAAAGCUCAAGAAAAAUUAAAAUUGACAGGAAUUGAAUCAGAUGUAAUACAGGACUUUAAUAUUGCGAUUCAAGAUACUGUAGUGGCAAUUGACCUGUAUGACAGAUAUCAGAAUGAUAAAAAAGAACUUGAUGCAAUUGGUAACUCAAUUAAACAAGCAGAAAAUGAUAUUAACCUAUUAAACCUGUAUGAAAAAAAUAUUUAUCAAACUAUCAUUCCUAUGAUUAAAGGAAUGCAAGAAGAUAUUAAUAAUAUAGAAAAGAAAAUAGAUAAAAAAUCACAUGUUCACCUUGACCUAACUAAGUGGCAAGUGCAAACUUCAUUAAAAGAAAUAAAAUAUACAAUUCAGCAAAUUUCUAAAGGCUUUUCAGCACAAGAAAUAGGUCGUUAUAUUGAAAAGCUAGAUGAAGGGAUGACCACACUUAUUAAUAUAUAUGAUCGUAUACAGGAAUAUUAUGAUCAAAUAAACCUUGCUAACUAUAUUGCACAUAUUAAUUCACCAAUGGCUAUUGAAAUAGAUGAUAAAGAUUUAAAAAAUGAUAUUGAUGAAUUAGAAAAAAAAAUUAAAUUCAGCAUUGUAAAAGGUUAUCUUAAAAGAGCUAGAAGUGCAUUCAAGCAAUGGGCAUUUCCAUUUGCAAAUGAAUAUUCAAAUGUAUUAAAUUCACAGUUAGAUGAAGAAGAUACUAAAAGCAUUAUAAAACAAAUAGAUGAUCUACAUUUAAAAGUUCAAGAACGUAAUGUAUAUGUAAUCAAAGAGAUAGAUAAUUUGAAAUAUAGUGAUUUUAAUAGUGAAAAUAUAUCUACGCAGCCAUUUUUUGUGUGGGAAAACAACAAUUAUAGCCAAGAAAUAUCAGAAUUUCUAGUCGGAAAAGAGAUAAAAGUCAAGGCAGAUAUAACGAAAACCGAUUCUCAUAAAUGUGCUGUCAAGUUCAAUGAGAUAGGUAUUAGACUUAAAUCGAAAGAUAAUAAAAUCCAGGAUGAAAUUAAUAAUGAACUUAAAAAUUUUGAUGUUUAUAUGACUCAUUUAGGCGAUUCAUAUUAUAGAUAUAGCGAUAAGUUUUAUGUGAUAAGAAGUAAUGAACAAUAUAUUGAAUAUAGUUUUGAAAAAAAUAAAGAAGGAAAGCCAGUGAGAAAUAAUCGCGCAUAUGAAAGGAUUAGGAAUGAUGAAUUAAUGCUUAGCCCUUAUACUACGUGGAAAAUAAAGCUUAAACGUGAAACUAAAUAUGUUGAUUCUAAAAAUGCUGGCUUUGAUAAACUAAAGACUUAUGAAAAGAAGGUAGAUUUAGAGUUAGUAGGACGUGGUUUAUAUGUAGAUGAAGAAGGUAGUAAUGAUUUGAUGGUAGGAACUUAUUAUAAAGAAUAUGAAUAUGAACAUAAACCC